AUGGAUGCAGUUCCAAUCAUCUCUGCAAUUUCAUCUUCGUUUUCUGGCAUCUCUCAGGUCGAUUCCGAGUCGACACUAGACUUUGUAAAUGGGCCCGAGAACGAAGAUAAUAACGAUGACGAGCAUUCUGACGGAAACGUGGUUGGUGAGCUGAUCCCGUUUUCUCCGCUCGAUGGCUGCGAGCCAUUGGAACAAUCGAUUUUUACGACGACAUCGGCAAAUAAUAAUGUCUCCACUAAAAUCCUAUUUUCGCCGUCGGAACAGAAUUCCAAAAUUGUUGUGUUGAUGGAGAUGAGCGGAAACUGUUCCAUUGACCGCAAGUUAAUGAUGGCGCAGCGCAUCCCUUCUGUGGUUGGGAUCAUCCUAAUUGGACCGAUAUUACCUACGGAUCAAGAUAUCUUGCUCAAGGGCAUAAAGUCAAGACUGGUUGUCUUUUCAGUGGCAACGGGAAUCGGAGAAACGCUGCUUAGCCUGACCAAUUGGUAUAGACAGCAUAGAAUCCUUCCGGUCCCGCCUGGCGGCUUGCCAACGCUAAACAAUAGCUCGCCCACCAUGACGGCCAGCAACGUUACCUCGUUUGCUGCCGUUUCCGAUUCUGCCCCCGUUAACCAUUCCCAGGAUGAUGCUUGGCUGAGGGCAACUCUUGUCACAGGGCUAGAUGCAAGUAGAAAUUUGGGGGUGCUUGAAUUUGCGCUUUUGGUUGUCGUGGUGCUGUUGGCAGUUUCCUUCAUCACCUCCAUCGUUCUUCAUUUUUACUUUUUCCAUUCAAGGGGGCACCAGCAAGGCCAAGGUGGAAACACCGAGACCGGGUUCCAGCAACAACAGGUUCUUCCAGAAGCAUAUUUGCGAUAUCUUCCCAUCCGUGUAUACGGAGACUUGGAAAACGUGCAAAGCGGCUUGAGAAAAAGAUCUUCCACUCCAGACGAUGCAGUGUUUCUGAAUACACACAGCGGUGUGGAUGAUGGCAGUCAAUCCAGCGCGCCCAUCACGCUGGAGUCGCGCAUCCAAAAUACCUCGACUACCAUUAACAUUGUCGAUAUCAAUUCAAACAUCGAUAAUCCGAUCGAGAAUGGCCAACGCAUCAGGUCCACCUCUACUUCACGGUCUGGCACCACGUCUGCAGGCAACAACUCUGCAGCGACUGUGGCCUCGCCCGCACCGUCGGUACGAUCUACCUCAUCAUGGCUUAUGAAAACGAUAAGGAGCUCACUUUAUUACUUUUCUUCUGGAAAACCAACGUCUCCCAUAUUGUUCAACGACAUGUGUCCCAUUUGUAUUGAAGAUUUUUCAAUCAAAUCAAAAGUAAGGGAAUUGCCUUGCCAGCACAUCUUCCACCCAGAAUGCAUCGAUGCAUGGCUCGUUAAUAGAGCAUCAUCCUGUCCCAUGUGCAAAUUUGACUGCUAUAAUUCGCUAAAGCGUGCCUUGGAAGAAAAAGAGCUCAACGACAAUACUUGCACAGAGGAUCAAAAUGUCGAGCGCCUGGCCAACCGUUAUCAAGUCAAAAUCUUUUGCCCUGCUUUGCGUUGCCAAGCCAAAAAGCGGUCUUAUGAGGAAAAAGAUCACGAUCUUUUAUAUCAGUUUCUGAUUGUAAAAAAUAGCUCAAUCCCCAUUUCAGAGCUGAGAUCCGCAAUCAAAGACCGCUUUUCCUCUUUAUACGCCCCAGACAGGACCCCGGAUCAUUAUGACAUGUGCGAUGAAGAUGUGCUAUCUGAAGUCCUUGGCGACCAAAGCACAAUUCUCGUAAUCACCGACCAGACCGACCCGUGUGCGGGACCGGUUUCCAGCAAAAAACAGCGGAACUCGUAUUCUUCUGACGAGGCCGAAAUAGAAGACUUGAUUUCUAAAUUUAGCCCAAUCCAAUCGGACAGCGAUGCCCACGACCCAUUCCCACACCUUGGCGGUGCAUCCGUUAAUUUCCAUCAAGAGACUGAGGAUGAGGAGAUUGAGACAAUUGUGGCCCCCGCUCUUUCGUCAACAAGCUCCGCAGACAUGGAAGACGAGGAGGAGGAUGAUGAUGAUCUUGAAGAAGAAUCACUCUCCAUUACCGAGUCACUGGGCGAAAGCGACGAGGUAGAUUCAGCGCCGGAUGGUCCUCCUUUGAACAUGCCUGCCACAAAAAUAGCAGCGACGGCGAAUUUCAAGCAACAACACCCGAGUGAUGAAGAAAAAAAGCCCAAUCUCAUCAAACAGACACACACCAUUGUGGGCGAGGAAGCUAAAAAUAAGGCGGCAGUGGUCCAAAAAUAUGGACACCCCAAUGCCAAUCAUCACAAAAAGCAUUCUGAGAGCGAAUCUUCCGAAGAUGAUACCUCGGACACUGAUACUUCCGAAAGCGGAUCAUCUGAUGAUCAAAUACCGGGUGGAGCGUGUGCGCCAAAGAGCCAAAAUAAUGUUGCUACCAGGCCCCCAGCUCCAGCAAAAAGUGAUUCCGGAGAAUCUUCCUCUGAAGAAGAAAGCUCCUCCUCCUCCUCGUCAGAAGAUGAUGAUAAGCGGUUUAAAAACGUCAUUUUUUCUCAGCCCUUAUCAGCCAUUCCACAAAGACUAGAGGAUGCUUCAAAAAGAAACCAUCUGCCAUUAGAUUCACGGCCUUUGGCAACCAAACAGGAUCUCUCUUUUUCUUCUGACUCUUCAUCGGGGCAGGAGGAGGAUGGGCAUGGAGGAACACCGUCAAAAAGUAGGAUCGAAGACUGCUUUAAAAACGUACCUUCUCUCUCAUCAAUUUUUGUCGAGGAUCUCAACAAAAAAAGUGAUGAAAAGCUUACACCGCCCAUUGCCAUUACAAGCCCAAAACUGACCACCUCGCGAGUAUUGACCCAAUCGGCUGCACCUUCCGCGGCAUCAGCAUUGCCAAGUGUAGCAUCAAAUACCCCAGCCAUACCGGACGAGUCUGUGGCGGGAAGCAAGGCCAACGCCGCCUCGCGCAAUAGACGAGCAUCGAUUAGAAAAAGGAACUGA